GAUCACUGCAGAAGAUGGUGCUUCGAGAGGAGCUGUUAAAGUCCAUAUGGCACGCGUUCACUGCCCUGGACGUGGAUCAUCGAGGGAAAGUUUCCAAGUCUCAGUUAAAGGUUUUGUCUCACAACCUGUGCACAGUGAUGAAGAUCCCUCACGACCCUGUGGCCCUCGAAGAACAUUUUCAAGACAAUGACGAAGGGCCUCUGUCCAACGAAGGCUACAUGCCGUACCUCAACAGGUUCAUACUGGACAAGGUGCGGGAGGAUUUUGACGUGCAGGAUUUUAACAAGAUGUGCUGGACCCUGUGUUUCAUGAAAAAAAUCUGCACCAAACAUCUACUCAUCACACAGGACGAUGCUUUCAAAGUCUGGUGCAUUUUCAACUUUCUGUCAGAAGACAAGUACCCACUGGUCAUCGUCAUUGAAGAGAUUGAAUACUUUCUGCGUAAGCUGCUUGAGGCCAUGGGGAGCGAAUGGAGUGAGGAGAAGUUUGCAGAUUACAAGCUGCAGCUGAGCACCGAGAACUGCCUGACUGCCUGGGAGCUGAUUGAACUGGUGGGGUUGGGGUACUUCAGCAAGGGCAUGAACCAGCAGACCCUGUCCCUGGGCAUCAAUGAGGUCUACCAGGAACUCAUACUGGAUGUGCUCAAACAGGGACACCUGCAUCUAUUAGACGACCACAUCCUGGUUACAACUCCAGUCAAGCAAAGAGGUGACACGUCUUUCUACUUUUGUGCUUCGCAGAAAAUGGAGGAGGCCGCGGCCAAAGCAGCGUUAGAGGAGAGCAGGAGGAAUAAGACUCAGUUAGACCUACAGGACCGCUACAGGAUGGACCUGGAGAGAGAGAAAAUGGUGCAUCAGCAGAUGGAGGAGCAGGUGGCACAGAAGUCCAGUGAGCUGGAGCAGUACCUGCAGCGCGUCCGGGAGCUGGAGGACAUGUACCACCGCCUGGAGGAGGCCUUAGAGGACGAGAGGCAGGCCAAGCAGGACGAAGAGGCCAUGCGAAAACUGCAGGCCAGGCUGCUGGAGGAGGAGGCAACCAAGAGGGCAGAGCUGGAGCUGAUCCACCUGCAGCAGCAGAGGGCGCUGUCUCAGACUGAGGCUGAGAAGCAGGAGCUGGUGGCCCAGCAGCAGGCCAAGGAGAGAGAGCUGCAGACAGCCAUGCUGCAGCUGGAGAGCCUGCAGAGGGAGCGGCAGGGAGCACUGGAGCAGUAUGAGGAGGUAUCGAGGAAGCUUGAGGGAGCGGCUAACAAGACAAAGACCUGGAAAGACAAGGUGGCCAAACAUGAGGGGCUGGUGCGUCUCAUCCAGCCAGGUGAUAAAGCACCUCAGAGAAUCACCAACUGGGGUCCAGCAUCGUUCACUGAUGCAGAGCUGGAGAUGAGGAAGAAGUCGUGGCAGGAGAGAAAGAACCAGGGGCCUCAGGCUCAGUGAACACUCACCAUGAUCAGUGACUGAAACUAACGGUGGAGCCCAAACCAUCACAUCUCAGAGCUUUUAUAAUGUGAACCUACUGAGCCACAUGAUAACUGCAAAAAUAAUAUUUCAGUCAUUCUUUCUGGGUUAUUUUAAAUGUACAGUUUGGAUUAACUACAUUCCAUCAUUUGGCCUUUCAAAAAUUAUUUUCAACCUAAAAAAAGCAUGACCAUAGACAAAAUAAUCUUUAAUCACUUUCUUCCUUUUUUCUAGUGAUGAAGGGUCAUGUGAUGACAUCUCAACCAUCUAUCACAAUUAAGCUAAAUUCAUCCACAGAUAGAAAAGUGAUUAAGAUUAUUUUGCUUUAACACUUUUAUUUUUGCUUGGUUUAUAUUUUUCUUUGGUCAUUUUAGUUAGUUCAUGUUUAAUUUAACUUUUUUGCCAUGUUUUCAUAUUGUGUGCAUGCUCACAGCAAAGAGUUUGUUUCUGUCCAUCAAAAAAUAAAACAGGGUGGAAGCUCUCCUCCAGUACACAGCGGUUUAUCCCAAACAUU